AUGGCUUCUUCUCGUGUAGUCUUGAUCCUUUCCCUCUCCAUGGUUUUGCUUUCCUCAGUUUCAAUGGCAACUGAUCAUAUUGUGGGUGGUGACAAGGGAUGGACUGUUGAUGUCAAUUACACUCAAUGGGCAUCGGAGUUGGUUUUUCGUGUUGGUGACAACCUAGUUUUCAACUAUGACUCUUCAAGACACAAUGUUUUGAAAGUGAAUGGAACGCUCUUUCAAAGCUGCACUUUUCCACCGGCAAACGAAGCACUUUCCACCGGAAAAGAUAUCAUUCAACUAAAAACUGAAGGCAAAAAGUGGUAUGUUUGUGGCAUAGCUGAUCAUUGUUCUGCUCGGCAAAUGAAGUUUGUUAUCACUGUUCUACCAGAAGGUGCACCGGCUCCUUCUCCUCCACCUUCUUCGGCCGCUCACUCUAUUGUAUCAUCUGUGUUUGGAGUCAUCGUGGUAACCAUGGUUGGUAUUGCAUGA